GGUUUUCUUUGAUUCUUAGGUGGGAAAUCCGUGGGUUUUUUUUCCCUGGUAGAAUUAGAAUACUGGCAUUCUUCUAAUUCUGAUCUCUAACCAACGAUCGAGGUGAGGGUUAGUGUUUCGAAGGGAUGGAGACUUCCGGCAACAGUCCAGACCCUUACAGGAAUUCUUCGAACAGCAAUAGUAAUUCGAGAAGAUAUGGAAUGCAGUUCUCUGCUGCAAAUUUCAUCCAGGCACCUCUGUCGGCUCUGUUGGAAUAUUCUGGUAUAUUUCGUACAAGGUCAAAUCAUCAGGAAACAGAGGGUUUAAUCAAUGGAGGUGUUAGUUCUGGUUUCAGAGACCACAUUCAGAACCGGUUGGACGAUCCUCCCGCAGCCGGCAGUGGCGGGGAGGUUUCCAUUAGGAUAAUCGGUGCCGGAGAACAAGAGCAUGUGCGGUUGGGAACCAGCCUUCCAACUUCGCCAGCAGUUGGGAGGGAGGCAAAUUCUGGCGACUCCGGUGUGUCCGCUGACCAAAUGGUCGCACCACUAACAGCUGCAUCAGAUCGUCAGGGAGAUGCUGCCAUUGAAGGCGGGGCUGCUGAUGGCCUUUCUUCGUCAACUUCGACCGUCAAUUCGGGUAAUGGGAACUCUGAUGGGGAGGCAGGGAAUGGUGUGGGAGGUAAUACAAGGGACACUUCUUACCAGAGAUAUGAUAUUCAGCGGGUUGCGAGGUGGAUUGAGCAGAUUCUUCCCUUCUCUUUGCUCCUGUUGGUUGUAUUUAUUCGGCAGCAUUUGCAAGGUUUCUUUGUCACAAUCUGGAUUGCUGCAGUAAUGUUUAAAUCCAAUGACAUUCUAAGAAAGCAGACAGCACUAAAGGGAGAGCGAAAAAUUUCUGUCCUUAUUGGCAUCACGAUCGUUUUCAUGCUUCAUGUGGUUGGUGUUUACUGGUGGUAUCGAAAUGAUGAUCUUCUAUACCCAUUGGUCAUGCUUCCACCAAAAGCAAUACCACCUUUCUGGCAUGCUAUAUUCAUAAUAAUGGUGAAUGACACAAUGGUGCGGCAGGCAGCUAUGGUUUUGAAGUGUAUUCUACUGAUGUAUUACAAAAACAAUAGAGGCCGGAAUUAUCGUAGGCAGGGUCAAAUGCUAACUCUAGUUGAGUAUCUUCUGCUGCUCUAUCGUGCUUUGUUACCAACACCUGUCUGGUACCGGUUUUUCUUGAACAAGGAAUAUGGCAGCCUUUUCUCAUCACUAACUACAGGGUUGUACCUAACUUUUAAGCUUACAUCAGUUGUUGAGAAGGUCCAAUCAUUCUUUGCUGCUCUCAAGGCAUUGUCUCGUAAAGAGGUCCAUUACGGUUCUUAUGCUACAUCAGAACAGGUCAAUGCAGCUGGUGAUCUGUGUGCUAUUUGCCAGGAGAAGAUGCAUACUCCAAUCUUACUUCGCUGUAAACAUUUAUUUUGUGAAGACUGUGUAUCAGAGUGGUUUGAGAGAGAACGAACGUGCCCACUGUGUAGGGCAUUGGUUAAACCUGCAGACCUCCGAUCAUUUGGCGAUGGAUCAACCAGCCUGUUCUUCCAAUUGUUCUGAGAUAUUUAUAUAAAUACAUACCUUGUUCUGAUAGCCUGUUGAAUCUUGUUUUGCUCAAUUUUCUUAUCCAGCACAGGUUCUGAAUGUAAUUUAUUCCGUUGCCAUUUUCUUGGGCUGCCGUCAGAGGUUUGCUGCUGGGAAAGGUGUCACUUAAGUUGAAGAGCAACUUGUUUUUAUGUUCAUAUGUCGUAACCCGGAGGGUUUAUAUUCACAAGCACAGGGUCUUCUUGACCGUAUUAUCAUAUAUACAUGUUAAGGUGGUAAUGAGAAUCAUCUUCGAUGUA